ACCUUUUGAAUAUCUGAUCUUGAUAACAAUUUUCGCCAAUUGUGUUGCCUUAGCUGUAUAUACACCCUUUCCGAAUAGUGAUUCAAAUGUCACAAAUGCUGCUUUGGAGAAAAUUGAAUAUAUUUUUUUGGUAAUUUUUACUGCUGAGUGUAUAAUGAAAUUAAUAGCAUACGGGUUCAUAUUGCAUCCAGGCUCUUACCUUAGAAAUGGAUGGAAUAUCCUAGAUUUCACAAUCGUUGUCAUUGGAAUGAUAUCAACAGCGCUUUCCAAUUUAAUGAAAGAAGGAUUUGAUGUUAAAGCGCUUCGAGCAUUUCGCGUGCUGAGACCUUUGCGAUUAGUAUCUGGUGUACCAAGUUUACAGGUUGUGCUAAAUUCAAUUCUCCGGGCUAUGGUGCCUUUAUUACACAUCGCUCUACUCGUUUUAUUUGUUAUUAUAAUUUAUGCUAUCAUAGGGCUUGAACUAUUUUCUGGAAAACUGCAUAAAACGUGCUUCCAUAACUCCACAGGUGAAAAAAUGGAAGACCCACAUCCUUGCGGAGAAGAUGGUUUUCAGUGUGAAAGUAUUUCACCCGAUAUGAUCUGUCGCUUAUAUUGGGAAGGUCCUAAUUCCGGUAUCACCAAUUUUGAUAAUUUCGGUCUAUCAAUGUUAACAGUAUUCCAAUGUGUUACCCUUGAAGGUUGGACAGACAUGUUAUAUUAUAUACAAGAUGCAAUGGGAAGUAGUUGGCAGUGGAUUUAUUUCAUAUCCAUGGUUAUAUUGGGAGCCUUUUUCGUUAUGAAUUUGAUUCUUGGCGUUUUGAGCGGUGAAUUUUCCAAAGAGAGAACGAAAGCAAAAAAUCGUGGUGAUUUCCAGAAGUUACGAGAAAAGCAGCAAAUAGAAGAGGAUCUUCGCGGCUAUUUAGAUUGGAUAACACAAGCUGAAGAUAUUGAUCCUGAAAAUGAAGCAAAUAUUAUUCAGGAAGGAAAAACGAUAACAUUAAAUGAAAUUGAUUCUUCCGACCCACUAGGAGAUGACGGUGAAAUUGUACAAGAGUCGUGGUUCAUAAGAAAACGAAAGAAUAUAGAUCGUGCAAACCGACGAUUACGCAGAGCUUGUCGUAAAGCGGUAAAAUCGCAAGCAUUUUAUUGGUUGAUUAUUGUCUUGGUUUUUCUCAAUACCGGCGUAUUGGCAACGGAACAUUAUCAACAACCAGAAUGGCUUGAUGAUUUUCAAGAAUACACUAAUAUGUUUUUUGUGGCUCUUUUUACAAUGGAAAUGUUGCUGAAGAUGUAUAGUUUGGGGUUUCAAGGUUAUUUCGUAUCACUUUUUAACCGCUUCGACUGCUUCGUCGUAAUUGGAAGUAUUGGAGAAAUGAUAUUGACUAGCACACAAAUAAUGCCUCCUUUAGGUGUAUCUGUGCUUCGAUGCGUACGAUUAUUGCGGGUGUUUAAAGUCACAAAAUAUUGGCAAUCAUUAUCAAACUUAGUAGCAUCUCUUUUGAAUUCAAUUCAAUCUAUUGCUUCACUUUUAUUGUUACUAUUUUUAUUUAUUGUUAUAUUCGCGCUUUUGGGAAUGCAAGUAUUUGGCGGAAAAUUCAACUUUAACAGCGAAGUCGAUAAGCCUCGUUCUAACUUUGAUAGUUUUGUGCAAAGCUUAUUAACAGUAUUCCAGAUACUUACUGGCGAAGAUUGGAACACUGUUAUGUAUGAUGGAAUUCAGGCAUACGGUGGAGUAGCAUCUAUUGGAAUAUUGGCCAGCAUAUAUUUUAUAAUUUUAUUCAUUUGUGGUAAUUAUAUAUUGCUCAACGUUUUCUUGGCUAUUGCCGUAGAUAACCUUGCAGAUGCAGAUUCGUUAACCUCAGUCGAAAAAGAGGAAGGAGAAGAAGAAUGCGCAGAUGAUGACAAACUCCCUUCACAUGAGGUAACUCCAAUAGGUAAUGCAGAUGACGGUUUCAUGGAACAUGAUAAGGAUAACUUGGAUUCGGAUAACGACAUUAACAUAUCUGAGGAUUACGAGCAUAAUGGAUCGGAUACAAAAAUUGCACCGCCAGAUGAUGAUGAAGGUUAUGAAGAUCAAGAAACACAAGAUUAUAACUGCCUUGACAAAGAUUACAACUUGGCACGACCUCGGCGUAUGUCCGAAUUGAAUGUAGCCAAUAAGGUCGUUCCAAUUCCACCAGGAUCGUCGUUUUUUAUUAUGUCGCAAAAAAACAGAUUUCGUGUGUUUUGUCAUUGGUUAUGCAACCACAGUACUUUCGGAAACAUUAUAUUAGUUUGCAUCAUGUUCUCGUCAGCAAUGUUGGCAGCCGAAGAUCCAUUAAAUGCCAACUCGGAGCGCAAUCAGAUAUUGAACUACUUUGACUAUUUCUUCACCUCUGUGUUUACUGUUGAGCUUCUGCUCAAAUUGAUUGCAUAUGGGUUCCUAUUUCACGACGGUGCAUUUUGCCGUUCGGCAUUUAAUUUACUGGAUUUAUUAGUAGUUUGUGUAUCUUUAAUCUCCAUGUUCUUUAGCUCUGGUGCCAUUUCCGUAAUAAAAAUUCUUCGAGUGUUGAGAGUGUUGCGGCCACUACGUGCUAUCAACCGUGCAAAAGGACUAAAGCAUGUAGUACAAUGUGUAAUUGUAGCAGUUAAAACAAUCGGGAAUAUUGUUUUAGUAACUUGUCUUCUGCAAUUUAUGUUUGCGGUUAUAGGAGUACAAUUAUAUAAGUACGUAGUCAAAUGUGUGAUAGUAGCUAUAAAAACUAUCGGAAACAUAAUGCUAGUGACUUACCUACUUCAAUUUAUGUUUGCUGUUAUUGGCGUACAGUUGUUCAAGGGAAAAUUUUUUUCGUGCUCUGAUGGAUCAAAAAUGCAAGAAUCUGAAUGCCAUGGUACCUAUCUUGUUUUUGAAGAUGGUAAUGUUGAUAAACCUGUUUCGAAAGAAAGAGAAUGGGUCAAAAAUCGGUUCCACUUUGAUGAUGUUUCAAAAGCAAUGCUUACUCUAUUUACGGUUUCAACUUUUGAAGGAUGGCCUGGGCUUUUAUAUGUGUCAAUAGACUCGCAUGAGGAGAACUCUGGACCGAUACACAACUUCAGACCUAUUGUUGCAGCAUAUUAUAUUAUUUAUAUAAUCAUCAUAGCAUUCUUCAUGGUCAAUAUAUUUGUUGGUUUUGUUAUUGUUACAUUCCAGAAUGAAGGAGAACAAGAAUAUAAAAAUUGCGAUUUGGAUAAAAAUCAACGAAACUGCAUUGAAUUCGCUUUAAAAGCAAAACCAAUUCGAAGAUACAUUCCUAAGCAUAGAAUUCAGUACAAAGUGUGGUGGUUUGUAACGUCUCAACCAUUCGAAUACAUGAUAUUUAUAUUAAUAAUGAUCAACACUAUCACACUCUCGAUGAAAUUCUACCGGCAACCAGAAAUGUACACGGAAGUACUGGAUCAUCUGAACUUAAUAUUUACUGCUGUGUUCGCAUUGGAAUUUGUAUUCAAGCUUGCCGCUUUCAGAUUCAAGAACUACUUCGGCGAUGCUUGGAAUGUAUUCGAUUUUAUUAUUGUACUGGGAAGUUUCAUUGAUAUCGUGUAUUCUGAAGUUAAUGCCACUAAAGGAAUGAAGGAUGAACAAUGUAAGGGUAGCGUUCGGGUUGUGGACUGAUCGAGCGGACACGGAUAGUCAAGUCACUGAUUAUUCACAGGU